AUGGUUCAGUUAAAUCAGCAGCGUGUGGUUAUUCUCGGACGCCUGACACGGAUCGAGGUGUUUAUCCGAGACAUCGAAUCGAAGCCUGGGAUUACAGCAGCAUUGGUUCGAGCGCGAUUAGAAGUCGUCGACCAAUGCUGGGCAGAUUAUGACUCAGUACAAACUGCCAUCGACGCAGAAGAAGACAUAAACAAGGAAGAAGAAGAAGAGAAACGCGCAAUCUUCGAAGAUAGAUGUAUGAAUGCAAGAGCUGCAUUGCAUUCAAUCAUCGAAAGAUUGCAAGGAUCAGGACAAAUGAUCGCGGGUAGCAGGCAUUCUCAAUACCAGCAACCUGCAGUGGAACCACAAGAAAUAGCUGUGCAACUGCCCACAUUAGAGUUGCCAACGUUCAGCGGUGAAUACACUGAUUGGCCGACAUUCCGAGACACGUUUGAUGCGCUCAUCAAUAAAAACGGACAGCUAUCAAACGUGCAAAAGCUACUUUACCUGAAAUCAACCCUGCAAGGUGAGGCAGCGAACAUGUUGGAUGCUAUGGACAUUACCGAUCAUAACUACCGCAUAGCAUGGGACCUACUUGUGGAGAGGUUUGAAAAUCUACGACUAGUCAAACAAAAACAUUUGAAGGCACUGUUCACAAUCAAGCAGGUGCCUGAAGAUUCGUCAAAGGAAUUGCGUCGUUUGCUAACUGAGUGCCAGCGGAACGUUAAUGCACUGAAGCAACUUGGCGAGGCCACUGAUCAAUGGAGUACAAUUCUGGUAUACAUGAUCACCAGCAAGCUUGAUAGAGCAUCAAGACGAGAUUGGGAAAACCAGACCCAGGACAACGAUUCACCGACAUACGAAGAGAUCAUCCAAUUCAUCACCAAAAGAUGCCACACGUUGGAAAUAUUGAUGACAGCGAAAAGUGAACAUCACAUGCCUAUGCAUUCUAAUCCACAAGUGUCGUUUAUGUCAACGAUCUCAGUGGGAUGCAAGAUAGAAUGUAAAGCCAUUGAAGAUGAAGACAAUGCGCUGAAAGAAGGCAAUGCUUUCUUCAAAUAA